GGAGCGGGGGAGGCGGGGCCGGGCGGCCGGCAGGGCUGGGGCGGCGCCGAGGCCGGGCCGGAACGGGAGCCCGAGCAGCGGCCCGGCGGCCGGCGAUGGCGAACGUGGGGCUGCAGUUCCAGGCGAGCGCCGGGGACUCGGACCCGCAGAGCCGGCCGCUGCUGCUGCUGGGCCAGCUGCACCACCUGCACCGCGUGCCCUGGAGCCACAUCCGCGGGAAGCUGCAGCCCCGGGUCACCGAGGAGCUGUGGCAGGCCGCUCUCAACACGCUCAACCCCAACCCCACGGACAGCUGUCCCCUCUACCUGAACUAUGCCACCGUGGCCGCCCUGCCCUCCCGGGUGAGCCGGCACAACAGCCCCUCGGCGGCCCACUUCCUCACCCGACUUGUGCGGACCUGCCUGCCCCCCGGGACGCAUCGGUGCAUCGUGAUGGUCUGUGAGCGAGCCGAUGCCUUCGCCUCCGCCUGUGCCCUGGCCCGAGCCUUCCCACUGUUCACCCACCGCUCGGGUGCUUCGCGCCGCACGGAGAAGAAGACCGUCGUGGUGGAGUUUUUCCUGGUGGGACAAGACAAUGGGCCGGUGGAAGUGUCCACUUUGCAAUGCUUGGCAAACGCCACGGACGGCGUGCGGCUGGCCGCCCGCAUUGUGGACACGCCCUGCAACGAGAUGAACACAGACGACUUCCUCGAGGAGAUUAAGAAAGUUGGAAAAGAGCUGGGGAUCGCCCCGACCAUCAUCCGGGACGAGGAGCUGAAGACAAGAGGAUUUGGAGGAAUCUAUGGUGUUGGCAAGGCCGCCCUCCACCCCCCAGCUCUGGCCGUCCUUAGCCACACCCCGGACGGAGCCACCCAGACCAUUGCAUGGGUGGGCAAAGGGAUCGUCUAUGACACCGGGGGUCUCAGCAUCAAAGGGAAGACCACCAUGCCCGGGAUGAAGAGAGACUGCGGGGGUGCUGCAGCCAUCCUGGGGGCCUUCAGAGCUGCCGUCAUGCAGGGUUUCAAAGACAGUCUGCACGCCGUGUUCUGCUUGGCCGAGAACUCAGUGGGGCCCAACGCCACGAGGCCCGAUGACAUCCACCUGCUGUACUCAGGAAAAACUGUGGAAAUCAACAACACGGACGCUGAAGGCAGGCUGGUGCUGGCGGACGGUGUGUCCUACGCCUGCAAGGACCUGGGGGCCGACAUCAUCCUGGACAUGGCCACGCUGACCGGAGCACAGGGCAUCGCCACGGGCAAGUACCACGCGGCCGUGCUCACCAACAGCGCCGAGUGGGAGGCGGCCUGCGUGGAGUCCGGGAGGAAGUGCGGGGACCUGGUGCACCCGCUCGUCUACUGCCCCGAGCUGCACUUCAGCGAGUUCGCCUCGGCCGUGGCCGACAUGAAGAACUCCGUAGCGGACCGGGACAACAGCCCCAGCUCCUGUGCCGGCCUUUUCAUUGCCUCACACAUUGGCUUCGACUGGCCCGGGGUCUGGGUCCACCUGGACAUCGCUGCGCCGGUGCACGCCGGCGAGCGCGCCACGGGCUUCGGGGUGGCGCUCCUCCUGGCGCUGUUCGGGCGAGCCUCCGAGGACCCUCUGCUGAACCUGGUGUCCCCGCUCGGCUGUGAGGAAGAUGCCCAGGAGGGUGACACGGAGAGGGGCUCCAAGAGGCGCAGGCUUGUGUGACGCCAGCUGCCCACUGGCCCGACGGCAGGGGCUCCGCCUCACUUUGCACUAAUGAACAAGGAGCAGUCGGAAGACGAUACCUUAAGAUGGGUUUCUUUCUGUUUUUAAUUGUCAUGAUGAUGGAAAUGCCUCCUUAUGUCCUAAGAGACAGCUUAGGGGUUGGUGGGACCCUGGAGGAGGGGCGGGAGGCACUGGGGCUGUUUCUGUGUGUGAGAUGCCUGCAGGCCCCCCACCGGCUCCUGCAGUUGCGCACACUCCUGGGGCCUCCACACCACCUUGGCCCCAGGACGCAUGGGCGGCCCCAACGCCUUUGGCCUGCUGGUCCUCAGGCCUCCUGCAUCUACUUGGUGCCCGGCUACGUGCCCGUGGCCGUUUCCAGCCCCAGGCUCCCCACAUGACACCCGCAUUACAGAGAGCCCAGGCCCCUGCUCCAGCCAGGGCUGCUGCUGUCUCUAGGCAACCUAGCCCUUUGAAAGGAUGGAGGUGACUUGCUUCGGGGACUCAAUUUCAUAGAGCAGGAGGAGUCUCUACUCUGGCCCUUUAGAAUUCACUGGUGUUGAAUUAAACAUGGCUGCA